AUGACCUCAGAGGCCUCAUCGAAUAACCCGGCGUGCGUCGAAUGCAAGCGACGCAAGCAGGGGUGUGACCGCCAUUUCCCCUGUGGCCACUGUGUGAAGCGGAAGGUAGCCCACCUCUGCACCUUCAGGGCAAGCGAUUCCAGAACCCCUAACGACCAGCGUUCAAAUGACAGCCAGUCCAGGUUAGGCCCACAGGUCCGACACUGUUUCUGCGUCUCCGCUGACAAUUCUGCCGCGGUCUCCCCCCUCAGCACGCAUGGGAAGCGCAGGCUCGAGAGUCAAGACGAUGUGGCCCCUCCUAAUGGAGACUCGGAGCAUGAUGAUGCUUCGGAUAUCAACGUUAGCGACGCCCUGAAUUGCCUGGGCUACAUGCCCUUUCAUCACGCCGUGGUGCUGGGUCAGGGCCCUGGACCAAAGACAGGCAGAGAUCUCGUCGAGGAGACCGACGUUGAACAGUCGGAAGAACUGAAGGAAACUCUGCGUUUGAUGCCCAAAAGAGGGCUCAUUGACGUUCUCGUCGAUAACUUCCUGGACGGCGCGAACUAUCAUUACUACGCCCUAUACUCGGAGGCCUUUAGGAACCAGUAUCGUGGUUGGUGCGCCAAAUCGCAGGAUAAGGUGACGCCCGAGCUCACGAGCCUCAUCCUGCGUGUCUGUACCUGCUCCCUCCACCUCAUCAUCGGAGAUCGCGUCAGAGAGCAGUUGGAAGAACUCCAGACCGACGUUCUGACAUACGCGAAUCGGAUGCACGUCUUAGCCCAGAAGCUAAGUGCCAGCAUUGGCCCAGGAAAAGCCGGCCUCGUCCACAUCCAGCAGCCCUUCCUCACGGCUUUCUGGUUCAAGUCGGCUUAG